AUGCGUGUAUUCAAGGAUGCAAUCACUGGUGAUGAAAUGUUCUCAGAUUCACACAUGCCUAGGUUGAUAGAUGACGUCAUUUAUGAAGUCAACGCCAAGUUCACGACGAUUACAAACUCGGUUGAUAGCAGAUUAAUCGGUGCUAAUCCAUCUGGAGAGGGCGAAGGCGCUGAGGAAGUCAGCGAUACGGCUGAACGGGUUAUUGACCUGGUGCAUGGAAGUCGCCUUGUAAGCACGCAAUUUGACAAACAAAGCUUCAGAACAUAUCUCAAAGGUUAUUUAAAGAACAUAAAGGAGCGUUUAUCGCGUGAAAAUCCUGAACGAGCCUCAAUAUUUGAAAAUAACGUAAAGGGAUACUUGGCGAACGUCCUCAAAAAUCUAGACGAUUACGAAUAUUUUACUGGUGAAUCAAUGAAUCCCGACGGCAUGGUGGUGUUAAUGAACUACCGUGAAGACGGAAUGACUCCAUAUUUCGUGUUUUUCAAGGAUGGGCUGACAGAAGAGAAAUACGACUCAAGAAUGACUGAUGCACGGGAUGAAAUAUUAAAUAAAAUUUAA